AUGGAAGAAUAUUUUCUACAGGCUCUUCCCUUUUCCUACAGCGAUGGGAAGUUUGUUGAGAUCAGAGAACGGGCACGUAUGCUAGACAUGCAUCUCUUGAAGGACAAUAUCUCUCGGUCAUACUUAGUCAGCGGAUCAGAAGUGUGCUCGCAACAAGAUGUCUUCUUGCUCUUGGUUAUCUUUAGCAGCCCUGAAAAUAAAACCAGACGAAAAAGAAUCAGGGACACUUGGGCCAACGCAACUUUUGUACAAGGCCAUGUUGUAACAAGAGUAUUCAUGUUGGGCAGGGCAGAUUCAGACAUUUUUCAAUCAGAUAUCUUCAAUGAAUCUCAAGUUCAUCAGGACAUUGUUCAGGGAGGUUUCCUAGAAACCUAUCUGAAGGAGACAACUAAAACCAUGAUGAUGAUGGAAUGGAUUGUGACAUUUUGCCCUAACGCUAGAUUUAUCCUAAAAGCAGACCAACAAACGUUUGUCAAUGUUCAAAGCCUAGCUGGAUAUCUUCUCAGCCUGGAGUCCCGUAUGGAUGAUAUAUACCUGGGAAGGGUAAUCCAUCACCAUGCGCCUGACAGAGACCCUCAAAGCCCCAAUUUUGUCCCUAUUUCGGUGUAUUCACAAACGUACUACCCUGACUACUGCAGUGGUUCGGCCAUGGCAAUCUCUCAAGAUGUACUGAGAAAGAUGUAUUUGGUCUCUGGAAAGGUCAGCCCUUUGUUCCCAUCUGAGGUAUUCUUAGGUAUUUGUGCCCAGUGGGCUGGCGUGGCCCCCAUACAGAUCUCUAGAUUCUCCGGAACUAAGCACGUCCGAUAUAACCGCUGUUGCUACCAGGUGAUUUUCUCAUCUUCAAACCUUGACGAUGUGGAGCUGUCCACAGUUUGGAAGGAUCUUAAGGACAGCAAUGAAUGCUCGAAGCUGGAAACCUAUUAUGGGCUUGUGUCAUGUAAAGUCUGGUCCUACCUGGAUCAGUUUAAAUAUUUCAGAAUGGGUAAAAAAAGCAAUGGAGGGUGGUAA